GAUUCUUUUAUAGGUUCGACUUUUCCGGAUAAACCUGCCACACCUUUCAUCAUUUUCCUUCCCAACCCAACGCCGUUUGCUUCACCACCCCCUUCACGAUCCGUCAACUUGAGUAAAGACUGCCCUCUUCAGCUGAUCUGCAGUCACACACACAUCGCCGAUCUUCAGUCAUUAGCAAUCAAAAUGUCCGUCAACCGCACUUGCUCCCACGAUGCCCUCCCCGACCUCAAAGCCAUCCCCGGUCUACCCAUGGACCGUAGCGUUUGGGUAAUUCCCAACUGGAAUGAAUCGUUCGUGGGCAUGACGGCAUGUUGUGCGCCCAACGAGGUGCAUGUUAGUGGCGGGCCAGGAUUUGAAGAAUGCGUCUUGUGGUGCUUGAUUCCCGAUUCUGUCCUCAAAGACAAAGAUGGGAAGAAGGGCGAGACGGGCGAGGUUCUUUCCGCCAUGAGACAAUGUGUUAUGGAGAAGGGCGGCGUUCAGAGCUUUAUUAGUGGCGGGCAAGUAAAGGACAACGCGGCAAGUUCAAACAUUGGCAGGACGAAAUUGCUCGGGGUAGGAGUCUGGGUAUUACUAGCCGUUGGCUUGCUGGCUUGAGGGCUCAUUGCAAGUCAAUUGAUUGGGUUGGGCAUGUUCAACGGUCCUCGACAUAAGUCGGAGGCGCCCUUUAGCAAGAAAUUGGCGGGCCAGAUCGCCGCUCGAACAAUUCCAGCGUCAGUGAGACACUGGUCCCGGGCUGGUACAUCGGCUGGGGGUUGCGGCUGGGAUUUAGUCGAUAACACUCGAUUGAGCUAUGUAAAUGAGCUGAAGAACUUGGAAGUGCAUAGGCAGACCAUGCAAUAAUGAUGAUUGUAAAGGAAGAUGAUCACAGUGGUCGAACCAAGCUCGAACCGGACGGCAACGAGGAGUGGUGGCCCAGGAGCGGUAGGACCUGAGUCUUGCUUUAGAUGGGGGGAGGAGUGAUAUUAAGAAUACCAGAGAUAUCUUCCGUACCAUAGAGCAUGAAAGGAUUGAUAGAGGAAAGCAAGAUUGAACGCC